AUGGGUUUAUCGGCUGCGGAGAAGAAUCGCCGAAAGCGCGGGCGCAAGAAACGAGAAAAGGAAGAGCGUCGAAAGCAGCAAGCAGCAUCGGAUGUAUCUAGCAGCAUAGCGGAAGAGGAAGAAGUGCAAGUAGAGAUUGAAUAUGUCGCUGAGCCAAUCGUUCCACUGCAAAGUGAGAAAACGAACCGUUCUUCGAAUGUCCCAGAUGGCCUCCCCCCUGGAAUGGAGAGCGAGGGAGAUUCAAGCGAGUCUGAUAAUAUGGAAUCAGUCCUCAGGAGAUUUCACCAACGAGCUGCAGUUGCUUCGACUGCCAUUGUGUCUGACGUAGAUGAAACGAAUGGUUCCCAAGAAAAUUCUCGGAAUUCUGGGGACAGUAGCGACUCUGACGAUGGUAGAAAGCCCACUAGCAAAAGGAAGCUUCGGGAACUUAUUCGUCCUUCAGUGGCCGAAUUGAAAAGGCGAGUGAAGCGCCCAGAUCUCGUCGAGGCACACGACGUCACCUCCGCCGACCCCGAUUUUCUGCUUCAAUUAAAGAGUAUUCAAGGUACAGUGAGUGUUCCUCGACACUGGGGUCGGAAAAGGAAAUACUUGCAAGGAAAACGUGGGUUCGAGAAACCCCCCUUUCAGUUGCCCGAUUUCAUUGUUAAGACUGGAAUUACAGAGAUUAGAGAUACGGUUGCUGGAGACGAGGCCAACCAAUCUGUGAAGCAGAAGAAUCGUUCACGAGUGAAUCCGAAAAUGGGAGCCAUGGAUGUGGACUACAAGACGCUUUACGAAGCUUUCUUCAAGUUCCAAACAAAACCAAUCAAUCUAACGAAAUUUGGUGAUCUCUACUACGAAGGCAAAGAGUUGGAAACUUCUACUAAUGUAAAGCCAGGUGGCCCCUUGAGCAAGAAGCUUCGAGAAGCGCUAAGUAUGGAAUCUGUUACCUCUCCUCCACCAUGGCUCGUCAAUAUGCAGCGCUACGGCCCACCACCAAGCUAUCCAAAUCUUAGUAUUCCAGGGCUCAAUGCUCCCCUUCCCGACGAGCAAUGCCAAUAUGGCUACCACACUGGUGGAUGGGGAAAACCCCCUGUUGAUGCCUAUGGGCGCCCUCUGUACGGAGGUAAUCCAUUUGAUGCACCAGGAAGUGGAACAAAAGAAGACAGCAACAGAACAGGAAUCGUCACAAGCGAUGGAAAGACAAUCGGAAUGCCCACUUGGGGAUCCCUUCCGACUGGGGACCUGGAGGAUGAGAAUUCGGAUCUCGAUGAGUCUUCUGCAGAGAGUGAAUCAGAUAACGAGGGCGCCACUGAUAUGGAAGAAUCAGAUGGAGAAAACGAGAAUGAAGACGCUGCCGAAGGAGAAGGAAUCGAGACAGUGAUGCCACCUCCCCCACCUUCGGUUGCAACGAUGGCGUCCGACCUCCGAAAGCUGACUUCUGGUGACGAAACCCCAGCACAGCUGUACCGAGUAUUGGAGCAAAAAGCCCCAGCCAUUCAGCAGGCAGGCGUUUUCCAAUCGGACGUGCAUUAUGUCGUUCCGGGGACGAACCACGUUUCGGCAGCUUUGGAAGGGGCGACCAGCGUCCUGUCAAAAGCAAUGCCUCCCAAGGACAGUGCGAAGAGGAAGCGCAAUGGUGACGAUGACGAGGAUGGUGGGCUUGGCAAGAGUUUUAAGUUCUAG